UAUGCAUGGAACUAGAAUAGAUGUAAGACUAUUUAACCAGAACGUGAAUCCUCACGGCUGGUUGGGGCUUGUUUCACCUCGGUAUCAAUCGUUGGCGAUGCAGUAAAAUGGAGACACAAGAGACUGCAGAUGCUGGAAACCGGAGCAACAGAUGAAGGGUCUGCAGUCCGGGUGAAGGGUCGCCGACUGCCCCGUUCCCCUCCAUGGAUGCUGCCCGACCCGCCGCGUUCCUCCAGCGCUCCCCUGCGUCGACCGUGCCGUGUCCGUUUCGUGGUGACACCAAGCGGAAGUGUCCGAGGGAACCCCCCCGGUGUGACACCGAGCGGAAGUGGCGGGCGGGGGGCUGGCGGGAUGGUGCAGACCCGGAGCGGCCGGCGGACUGCGGUCGCCGAGGCGGCAGUAUCUAGAACAAGAACACCUGUCAGUCAAAGGAAGAGCAAGAGUAGAAGGUCUGAAGCUAAUUCAGGAAGCCUUACUGAAUCUCAAUGCAACAACAAGGAGAGAGAGAAAGAGAAACACGUUGUUCAGGCUGAAUCGCAACCAAGUCUGGUGCAGCCAGCAGAACUCAGAUUCGAUGACCAGUCCCCAAAGAGCGUUGUCGUAGAAAAUAAGGCAGAGACUGAGAAGGAAAAUUUGACUGAAGUAAAAACUUAUGAAAUUUGUAUAGAACCAAUUGAAGUAAAUCAAGAGAAGCAAAUUGUGCAGGAUGAAUUGCAGCCCAGUCCAAUCCAGUCAAAGGAACUCAGCGAUAAGUUGGAACUAGAUGACUCAGAGAGCUCUAAUAUAGAAAAUAAUGCAGACACAGAGAAGGAAAAUUUGACUGAAAGUCAUGAAAUUGAUAAUGAAAUAGAUCAAGAGACAAACAAUCAAGAGAAUAAAGGAGGUGAUUUAGAUUGCAAGACUCUAAGUGAGACUCCCGCUGUUAUCAGUUUACUGCUUAGCAGUGUUGAAGACAAAAGUACUCAGAGCGAUGGCAACUGUGAUGUGUUGCUGGAGGAAUCCAGCAGGGACGUUAUACCAGGAGACUCUACCAUUCCUUCUGUAACUGCAGGAAGUCCUUUGGAAAAGGAUAGCAACCUGUUUGUGAUUGACACUCAGCCUGGGAUAGAUCAAGACAGAAAAUUUUACUUGGACUCAAGUGGAAAAGAAGAUAGUGAGGAAAGUGAAGCAGAAACUGGGGACAGAGGAGAAGAAUCAGAGGAAGGGGAAGAAGAUGAUUUUAUUGAUGAAGAUGAGGAGGAAGAAGAUGACAUUUUGAAAACCAAGUCUAGACUAAUAAACUCUUCAAGCAGUAUUGAUACAGGGCUAAAUCUCAAGGAACUAGGUGGCCUUUACAUAAACUUUAAUGCUGACAAAGGUACCAAUUCAAAAGUCAUAAAAAAACUAAAGGAUCAAAAUGAAAAAGAUGAGCUAUUAACAAAUAGCAUCCUGACACCAGAAUUUGAAAAAAAACAUAGCAUACCAUCUUUAAAGGUGCCUGAACGCCAACUGAAAAAAAUGCGCAGGAAAGAGCGUGCAAAGACCACAGGAGAAAGCUGGUACAACAUGAAAGCUCCUGAUUUAACAGAUGAGUUGAAGAAUGAUCUGCGGGUCUUAAAAAUGAGGGCUGCUAUUGACCCCAAACGCUUCUACAAGAAGAAUGACAGAGAUGGUUUCCCUAAGUACUUCCAGGUUGGUGAAGUUCUGGACAAUCCAGUAGAUUUCUAUCACUCUCGAUUACCUAAGAAACAAAGAAAGCAGACAAUGGUGGAGGAGCUUCUGACAGAUGCAGAAUUCCGACGAUACAACAAGAGAAAAUACCAACAGAUCAUGGCAGAGAAAGCAGCUCUUGCUGCAGGCAAAAAGAAUCGCAAGAAGAAGAAAUUUAAAAAAUAAAACCCAAAGAAAAACAUGAUGUAUUUCCAUAGCCAAUAAUACAUACAAAAAGUUACAAAAGUGACAGGGCUACCAACUCCUCUUUCUUGCCUAUUCAUGAAGGCAAGUUAGCUAAUUUAGCUACAUGCAAUUUUAGAAAUAAAAGAACUCCAGCAGUGCUGAGAUACGUAUCGUGAAUGAUUUUCCAGCCUCAAGAAAUGAAUAUGUUAUGUCAAAAUAGAUAAAGAAAUUUAAUAAGGCUUACUUAGAUUUGUAAUCACUUUGUAUUGUUCAUUAUUUUGUAGGUGCAACUAAACUUCAUGGGUCUGUUCAGCAGAUGUUGAGUGCAGACUGUCAAGAAUGGGAUUCUUUAGAGAUUUUCUAUAUCAAAGUUCUGAUGACUUUGUGUGACAGGCAAUUAAAGUUUUUGAGCUAAGAAUGCCUCUUUGUAAACACCCUGAUUUGGAAAUGAUCUAUUGUGCUGUAUUCACCUUCUGCGAUUCAUAAAUAUGAAACUUGUUUUUGAUGA